AUGUUCAAACAAUCCGAGUCAGUUAAGCGUAUAAUACGUGAUGUCCAGAAGGAUGGCAGUCGCAAGAUGACUCCCGACCAAGUUGUUCACGCCUGGAACAUGCCCAUGACAAGCGAGAUUCCUGCGCCCAAAGGAGCAGACAAACCCCUACCCAACCUAUGGAUUGAAGAAGGGACUCCUAAGUCUGGCCUGCGACAUAUGGUUGGAAGCGACGAGGAGAUUGGUUCGUGGGAAGGCAAGGGCAUCCUUAGGGAGCUUCGACGAGAUAAGAUACCCAUGUUUGUUGAGGCGGCGACUACGGCAGGUAGACGCAUCACCACACAGGGCUCAAGAGACGAUCGUCACAUCAUGUCAACAUACAUUGAAGGCCGUGUGUUGAAAACUGCAGUUACAGCCGGAAGCAAUGGGUAUCUUGUAGGGGCUAACCCCGCGAAGAAGUUCAAGGUUAAGCCGGGCGACCCGGGCCAGGUCAGCGAUCGUACAGCGGAAAACUUGUACCGAUAUCCGCUGAAUUGCCCGGAUAGAAGGCGGACUGACGAGGCGAAGAAGGGGGAGGAAAUGGAGCGCAAGGAGCCAGCUAUGCCAAAGUCACUCCCUGUCAACACGACAGCGCAAGUAAGGCCAGAGGAACCAUCAACCAUCCAGCCUACGUCCGCAUCCCUGUCCCAGACGGAGGAUCAGGAGUCGGUCAACGAGCCACAAACAGUACAUGUCGAGCCACAAGUCCCAGCCACCCAGGUCGGAGACGAGCCUCUGUCUCCAACGAAGGAGCAAAAUUCAACCGAGCAGUCACGGACAGAAUCGAGGUCGGUGCAGGCUCAUGAAGAGAAUCCCUUGAAGCCAGACGACCAAUUAGAAGCUCUACCAGAGUAUGGGCCUUCUUUACCAGGAUAUAAAUACUGCAUUUGGGAGGACUUUGGGACGAAUUUCCUGUGGUAUGUCUGGAACUGGCCCGCGAAUCCCGAAUUCUGCGGCGAGCCUGUCGAAGACGACGACCUCUUAGAGAGAUAUCCCAAGACAUGGUACAAGGCCUAUGACGAUUGGGUCGAUCGAUACACGGAGGCUUUCAGGGCCCACAUAGAAAUGAACGCCGAUAAUCCAGUAAUCGACACUGCAAAGGAGUUGAGCCUCUGGAAAUUUGAGGGUACCCUUUUAGCUGCGGGGCUGGCUCUACAAGAUGGAGUUCAUGGGGUGGGUUACGGAACAGAGAAGAAUGAAGGCUCGGAUGCUCAUGAAUUCGAAUUCGAAAGCGAGGGCUCUGAGAGUAUUGGAAAGACUUUGGAACGAUACAUUCAAACGAGGAUAUUGGUUCAGAGCCUGGAUAUCGGGGUAUGA